AUGUUCGCCGGAUGGGAGCACAAGCUCCAGUUCGGCGGCAUCCACUUCAAGCCGGGCUACUUGGUAGUUGACUGUGAAACACCACAGUCAGCGGAGUGGCUAAGGUUGAAGGUGCCACAAAUUAGGAAGUGGGAGGGUGGAGAACUCACAACAUGUAAGGGAGACGACAUCCCUAGAUCACAUGUUGUGACAGUUUUCCUCCCCAGAAGCAAGGGGCUAUCAGCUGAGAAAUUACUUCAGCUGAUAGAGGUACAAAAUGAGGGCCUAGCAAUAGGUAGGUGGAAGGUCCUGAGUGCUAAGGAAGAGGCGGCAGGGCAACUCUUGAGGGCAGCGAUAGACGAGCUAUCCUACGCUGCCCUCAGGAAGAACGGAUGCACCAUUUUUUACCGGUUCGGGAAAAUCCCCGUUCAUGGUAUAAAACGGGAAACAGAAAAGGAGACUCCGGGGAGCAGCGGUGGGUUAGUAACCACCGAGGUCGAGGAAGCGCCUCCGGUGCCCUCUGCAUCGCGGGGUACUGAUGUGCCCGGCGAUGCCGAGAGCGUCGGAGACCACCACAGCACCGAUCUAUAUCGGGACUCGGAGGACAUGGAGACAGCCGAAGCAACUAACGUUGAAGAAGACAAGGACAAAACACUUGUCGGGGGGGAAGAAGGUGAGAAAGAAACCUCACCUCAAAUAACCAAAUAA